UGCCCCUCUCCACACACAGCACAGGCAGAACACCAUGUUCUGUCAGAGAUGGGAGAGUCCCUGCUACAAGCUCACAGUCCAGUAUUAGAGUCUUUGCUGGCUGAACCACCUCACUUCUACCUUGUGGCACAAUCAACAAUUAUGACUUGGAAAUUCUUCUUGCUCUUCUUGACAAAUUUGUGUAUAGAUGCACAAUUAACAGUUAACUGGGAGGUACAACGUUAUGAUGGCUGGUACAAUAAUCUGGCAAAUCACAACAUAGGCUCCAAAGGUUCUAAAUUGUUGCGCCUCAUUGAAGCAAGUUAUUCUGAUGGAGUUUAUCAAGUGGCAAAAUCAGAGCUUCCUAAUCCACGGGAAAUCAGUAAUGUGGUCAUGAAUGGAGAGUCAGGAUCUCCAUCUCCUCGCAACAUAACAGUGAUGGCAGUAUAUUUUGGUUACCAAGUACUCUCAGAAAUUGUAGCCACAAAAAUGCCUGCUUGCCCGGCUGAAUUUUUGAAUAUUGAUAUUCCCACCGGAGAUCCUGUGUUUGAUCCUGAAAACAAAAGCAAUGUGGUUCUGCCAUGGCAAAGAACUCAGUGGGCUCCUGAUACAGGCAAAAGCCCAAACAGUCCAAGAGAACAGAUUAAUUCUGUAACAGCAUGGAUUGAUGGCAGUUCCAUUUAUGGCUCAUCCCAUUCCUGGAGUGAUGCUCUGAGAAGUUUUUCUGGAGGAAAGUUGGCUUAUAACAAUGAUUUCUUACCACCAUAUUCAACAAACGGUCUUCCCAUGUUGAAAGUGCCAGAUCCUUCAACCGGGCAAACUGGAGAUCAAGGGAUAUAUAGUUUCGGUAAUGCUAUGGCUAAUGAAAGCCCAUUUCUCCAAGCGGAGAGUCUGGUUUGGUUCUGGUACCACAACUACAUGGCACAAAAGUUUGCAGAAAGCAAUCCUGAAUGGUCAGAUGAAGACCUGUUUCAAAGUGCUAGGAAAUGGGUAAUUGCUGUUUUCCAGAAUAUUGUAUUUUAUGAAUGGCUGCCUACAUUUUUGUCAAGAGAAGUGUCAAACUACACAGGGUACAAACAACAUGUGGACCCAAGCAUAUCCCCUGAGUUUGUGGCACUGACAGCACAGGUGAUAUACACUAUGAUGCCUUCAGGAGUCUAUAUGAGAGAUAAAGAUUGCAAAUAUAUAAAUGUGACAGGCUCAGAUGGUGGCGCUUACACAGCUCUUCGUUUGUGUAACAACUACUGGAACAGAAAGAAUAAAAACCUGAAGAAUGCUACGGAUUUCCAUAAUUUGCUGCUUGGUAUGUGUUCACAAAUAGCUGAGAAAGAAGAUCACAUAGCAGUAUCAGACUUGCGAGACUACUGGUAUGGGCAAAGUAAAUAUACCCGAACAGAUUUGCUAGCUACAAGUAUUCAACAUGGUAGAGACAUGGGGCUACCAAGCUAUAACAAAGUUAGAAAAUACUAUGAUCUACCAUCAAUGACACAGGACAAAAUUAACAAAACCAAGAUAGGAGAAAAUAUUUUAACAAUCUAUGAUAAUAACAUUGAAAAGCUGGAGCUUAUUCCUGGUGCCAUGCUGGAGCUUGACGGGGAACCUGGUGACCUUAUAUCUGAAAUUAUGCUGAACCAAUUUAAUCGUAUAAGAGAUGGGGACAGAUUUUGGUUUGAAAACAAGAAGAAUGGUUUAUUUACAGGGGAAGAAAUCUCUACUAUAAUGAGCACUACGUUUCAUGACGUGCUUGUUGCUGUGACCAAAACAAUGAAAGGUGCAGUGCAAAACAAUGUCUUCAUCUGGAAGAAUGAUGAUCCAUGUCCUCAGCCAAACCAGCUAACCUCAGAAGAUCUGGAGAAGUGUGUUCCUCUUAAAGUCACUGACUACUUUGAAGGAUGUGCUGCUGGAUUUGGAAUCAGUAUUGCUGUACUUUGCUGUUUCCCUAUUGUAAGUUUAAUUAUUGCACUGCUGGUCGCCAAAUCAAGAAAAAGUUAUUUGACCAAACUUCAGAGUCUGAAUAAUAAAAGUGGUGUUAAACGUGUGGAUAAUGCAGAAGAAUUUCCAGCCUCUGAAUGGUGUGGAGGUGAUGAGCAAUUUCAACCCAUUUUUAUUCAGUUUCAUCAAAACCAAAUCAUUAAAGUUGUAGAUGGUAAAAAUAUAAAGAACAGGACAAUCAACUUUAAUAGUCUGCAAAAUGUGGAGGUCACCCUUUCUAACAGUGAUGGCAACAGAGCUGCCCGUAUCAAGAUCCCAAAAGAGUAUGAUUUGGUGCUCUUUUUUAAAGACAGCGUAGAUCGAGCUGCCUUCCUCCAGAAGUUUAGAGAAUUUUUAGGUGAAGGUGGAGUCUCUUCUUCUUUGAAGUAUUUGAGGGAGCUGGACCUUUUGAAAGAAUCAGUUUCCAAGAUACAGAGGCAAGAGAUGUUGGAGACAUUUUUCAGGCAUUCGCUUUCCCAUGUCCUAGACAUAAAGAAGUCAGAAGCAGGAGCCAUAGACAAUCAGAAGAUCACAGAGGCACUAAAGUGUGAGCUAUCACGAGAAGAGUUUUCAGAAUUACUUGGACUCAAUCCAAAUGCCCACUUUGUGGAAGCUAUGUUUUCUGAGGCUGACAAAGAUAGCAAUGGGUAUCUGUCAUUUAAGGAAUUUUGCUACAUAUUGAUUAUAUUAUUAAAAGGUUCUGUGAAAGACAAAUUGAGAUUUAUCUUUUCAAUGCAUGAUAUUAAUGGAAAUGGGCUUCUUCCAAAGAAAGAGUUCUGUGAGAUGCUUAGGUCUUUCAGACAAGUUUCUGACUUUCUUUCAAAAGACCAAAUAGAACAAGUAAUUGAGAGCAUGUUCAGUGAGGCUGGACUUCCCUCCAAAGAAGAGAUCACAUUUGAGGAAUUUCAUUCUAUGUUUAAGCAAUACUCCAAUGUCUUAAACUCAUUAACACUCCAUACACAAGGAUCAGCAGCUCCUGUUAACAGAGUCUCAAUCAUAAGAAGACAAAAUGAAGAACACACCAAUAGCACUACUGAAAACCCUACUGAUGGACACGAACUUCGGAAUAGACAUGGUAAAAGGAAUAACUAUAGGAUAGAUCAGCCAAAGGUAUAUACCACAGCAAGAAGAGAAAAAUACGAGUCAAGCAAAAUCCGUCAAAAAAUACAACAGUUUAAACGAUUAAUUGAAAACUACCGGCGUCAUAUUGUAUGCAUAGUGAUAUUCUUUGGAAUCUCUGCUGGUUUGUUUGCUGAAAGAGGCUAUUAUUAUGGUUUUGCAUCUCCAGCAUCUGGAAUAGCUGACACCACUUACAUAGGACUCAUUAUUUCUCGGGCUUCAGCUGCCAGCAUUUCAUUCAUGUUCUCCUACAUUCUUCUGACAAUGUGCCGGAACUUAAUAACAUUUCUUCGAGAGACUUUUCUGAACCAAUAUAUUCCAUUUGAUGCAGCAGUAGAUUUUCACCGUUGGAUCGCCAUGAGUGCCCUUUUCCUUAGCAUUUUACACACAUUGGGUCAUUUAGUUAAUGUCUACAUCUUCACUAUCACUCCUCUUAGUGUCCUCUCCUGCCUCUUCCCAACGGUGUUUGUAGAUAACGGAUCUGAAUACCCGCAGAAGUACUAUUGGUGGUUUUUUGAGACUGUACCAGGUCUGACUGGAGUCCUUCUACUUCUAGUCAUGGCUUUUAUGUAUGUCUUUUCCACCUAUCAUUUUCGACGUGUCAGUUUCCGCGGGUUCUGGGUGAUACAUCAUCUAUAUGUCGUGUUCUAUGUUUUGACUAUCAUUCAUGGCAGUUUUGCACUCAUCCAGCAACCCCGAUUUUAUAUAUUUUUUAUUGCCCCAGCUAUCAUCUUUGUAGUUGAUAAACUGAUUAGUUUAAGCAGAAAGAAGACAGAGAUUGAUGUUGUAGAUGUGAAGCAACUUCCUUCAGGUGUAAUAUAUCUAAAGUUCCAGCGCCCAUCUGAAUUUGACUACAAGUCUGGCCAGUGGGUUAGGAUUGCCUCCUUAUCUCUUGGUACAGAUGAAUACCAUCCUUUCACACUGACCUCUGCACCUCAUGAGGACACAUUAAGUUUACAUAUAAGAGCCGUGGGGCCAUGGACAACACGACUAAGAGAGCUUUACUCUCCUCAUAACGUUGAGAUGAAAUACCCCAAGCUUUUUCUGGAUGGACCAUUUGGAGAAGGGCAUCAGGAAUGGAAUAAGUUUGAAGUGUCCGUCUUAGUUGGUGGUGGAAUUGGUGUUACACCUUUUGCGUCAAUCCUCAAGGAUUUGGUGUUCAAAUCAUCAGUCAAUGCAAGGAUCCACUGCAAGAAAGUUUAUUUCAUAUGGGUGACACGUACUCAGAGACAGUUUGAAUGGUUGACAGAUAUCAUUCGAGAAGUAGAGGAAAAUGAUAAGCAUGAGCUCCUGUCAGUCCAUAUAUACAUCACGCAACUGACUGAAAAGUUUGACUUCCGCACAGCCAUGCUGUAUAUUUGUGAACGACACUUCCAGAAAGUCCAGAACCAAAGUAUAUUGACUGGCCUGAGAUCCACCACACAUUUUGGGAGACCACCAUUUCUGGCAUUUUUUAAUUCCUUACAAGAAGUUCAUCCUAAGGUAAAGAAAAUUGGCGUAUUUAGCUGUGGCCCACCUGGAAUGACUAAAAAUGUGGAGCAUGCUUGCAGGAAGCUUAACAAACGAGAUGAGUCAUAUUUUGUGCACCACUACGAGAAUUUUUAGUGUACCAUUUCCUGAAAAGCUAAAUUAUCCAUUACCAGAAAACAAAACACACAGAAAAAAAUAUACAGUAUAUAUACAGUACCAACAGUAUGGAUGAAAUCACUGGACAGUGUGACUGAUUUCUUGCUGACAAAUUUUAAUUGAAUCCACUUCAGCUUCAACUGAAUUCUAAGUACUUGGCAAUAUAAGCAUUAUCGAUUUAUAUUUAUAUAUUAUGUUUAUAUAAUAUAUUCUAUAUUCUUCUAGAUCUGUAUUUAUAUAUAUAUAUAUAUAUAUAUAUAUAUAUAUAUACAGUGCAGAAAUGCCCGGCACUCCCACUGAAACGUUGCAAAUCCGGGUGCC